CAUGAAGUGGUAAUAACUAUAUUUCAAGAGCUUGUUCUGCAGGUCAUUGAGGAUAAUUGCAAAUAUUGGGAAGUAUUAUCAUCAACACUGGCAGUUGGUUGGCUGGACAUUUCAGUUAAGAUGUUGCGUUUGCAUGGAUCUUAUCAAUUGGAUCAGCUUGGAACUCGUGAGAUAGAAAAUGGUUUAGUAGAGGCAGUUGCUGUCCUGAUUUCCAAAAUGCCACGCAUGCGUCCCGAGUUAGAAGCUGGAAAAUUUGGUCAAUGUUUUAAAGCCAAGGCUGAUUUUCUGAAGGCAUGGGAGAAAUGGCGAGCUCAAAUAACUAAGCUGGAGUGCAGUGGAUUUUGGCUACAAUGUGCUCAUCAUCAGACUCGAGAGGGCUUGAGAAAUCUGCUAAAAAUCUUGAUGGGAAACUCCAAUAGUCUUUGUACUUCAACAUAUAAUUGGAUAGAGUUGUUUGUUUCUCACCUUCUCUAUGUCAGGCCAUUCACAGUGGUAAAUAUUUCCCUUUUUAUUCUUGUGAACUUUUAAACAUUAAGUUUGUAUGUUAUCAUAAAUCUCUAAUUUUUGAUAUCAAGGUCAC